AAACACGGAAGCAACGGGAAAAACAAUUUCCUUCAUUUGGUCUGACUUAGUUUACCAAAAUGUCUAAAUUAGAGUCUCUGAAUUUGUAUCUUUCUGAGCGUUUAACGGCUGCGGCUGUGGAGAUUUUGGGGGCAGUUGAGAAAGUAUUAGCUGAGUACCAGGAGGAGAUUUCCCGAUCUAAAGAGGAGAAUGAUUGGCUUCGAGGACAGCUGCGCUCCACACCGGAGCGAAAACAAUGUACUACAGACUCCCAGGCGGUGUCUCUCCUUGUCUCCAAAGAGGAGGUUCCGCCUGAGCAGCAGCACUGUGAGCAGGAGUUGUACCCCAGUCUGAGGCAUGAGGAACCAGGAUCCACACGCAUUAAAGAGGAACUGAGAACCAGCCAGGAGCAGCAGUUCAUAGGGCUGGAGGGUAAUAACAUUGAGUUAUUAUUUAGUUCUCCCUGUGUGAAAAGUGAACAGGAUCAGGUGGCCUUCAGCCAGAGCUCAGCUGUAGUGAGCGACCAAGUUCACAGUCCCCCAUUGGAUCCCGAAGCACAGUGUUCAAAAUUGUGUACCUCAUCUACAAAAUCUCACUGCUGCUAUGAUUGCGGCAAAAUAUUUGCUCUGAAAACUGACCUUCAGAGACAUGUGACUGUUGCGAGGGAGAGACCCAUUGAAUGCCCAUACAACUCCACCUGGAAACUGAAAGCCCUCGUCCCAAUGAGUCAGGUUGGGAAACCCUGCCGUGUUUGUAGGAAGACAUUUAACAGCAAUGAACAUCUAUCCCAGCACAUGAGGAUCCAUACAUGGGAGAGGCCAUUUAGCUGCAAGGAUUGUGGGAAAUGCUUCCAUAGCAAGGGUCUGCUGAAUGUGCAUAUACAGACUCACAAAGGAGAGAAAAGGUUUGGCUGUGGAUACUGUGCGAAACGCUUCUAUCAGAAGGGGAACCUAACCCAACAUUUACGGACUCACACAGGAGAGAAACCAUUUAGCUGCGGCGAGUGCGGAAACAAAUUCAAUCGCAGGACUCAUCUGAACAGGCAUAUAUUGACACACACAGGCGAAAAAAAGCACGGCUGUUCUGUUUGUGGAAGACGAUUCGCUGAGAACGCUGACCUGCUGAAGCACAUGGAUAAAGUCCACAAGUGACAAAAACAGGACAUAUAAACAAGGACCAAAAAAAAUGAGGACACAGACAUUUUACGAUCAUCAAAGAUAUUGUAGCAACCUUAACCCAGCACAUAACAACCAUGUUAAAUACAUUCAGGCAUCUUGACUUAAAUGUUAGGCAUAGGAGGCCAUAGGGUAGGGGUUUACACCGCCCCACCCGAAAUGGCAACAGUACAAUUAUGUAACAAAAGCUUUCCAUUAUAGGAACACUGUGCGCACACCUCAGGGUGCCUGCUACAGCAGGUUGUCUUGUUAAGUAUCUGAGUUAGUCCGGUCUGGUUCCUGUCGUUAGACACUGUACUCACUGACUCAUGGUUGCCUGCUCCAUCAUCAAAUGUGUCGUCAACUGACGCAUUGUUUUACUGCAUUAUGUGGUUAGCUGAUAGGGGUGCGCACCAAAUCCAAUCUAUGGUGUGAAACUAAUCUGGGAUCAUUAAUGUUUUUAAAUAAUUCCUACAGAAGUAUUGUAUAAUUUUUUUCCUACACAUUAUAAUCCCAGUGUGGUUAUACCAAAACAUGAGUUCCUUGUUCUAGCCAAACUACAGAAAAGGUUACAGAUGCCUGUGAAAAGGGCUUUCGGGGCUUUUAACUUCAUUCCUGGAAAACGCUUUUGGUAUCUACCUGCUAGUUCAUUGUGUUGGUGUCAGUCUGGCUGAUGGCUUGUCUGUACUGUGCCCCUUCACUCGUUUAGAAAGACAAUAAUUUCAAUAUAUAAACGAUUCAAUAGCAAAGGAAUGUUGCUACGUGUAUACUUAUGUUUGGACACAUCACACUGACGUGAUCAGAUCGGGAUGUCAUAGUCAGACAUGUUUGUUAUUAUUCUUCAGAUUGAAAUACUGAAUUUUGGAAUUAUGAUGUUGAAAUAAUUAUCGUGAUCAUUAUGGAUUGGAUACUUGCUCUAAAAUUGUUUGAAAUAAUUGUGUUCAUGGGAGUAUUUAUUAAAAUGAAAUU